ACUUUUGUGGAUUCGUUCGAAAUGUUUAAAUAUGGUGCCGUUGGAUGGUUUUCUUGCUUCCGGGUACUUUGGGUACAAGUAAAGCAUCCAAUUCGCGUAAUCAAUACCGUCAAAAAAGCGUUCAGCGUUGGAGGUUUUCAUUCAUGGUGAAUUAUGCGAUAUGUGAAUGAAGAUUAAAUUUCACAAUCAUCCAAUGGAUAUGAUCCGGCGUGUAAAUUUCCCGAAGCUCUCAGGAUAAUUUUUCCUUACGAAUCCCUUCCGAAAAUACGUUCCAACCGAGCAGCUCCAAAUUUGUUUACAGUUCACGUGCUUCAACUGGUACACUUCAACGGCUACAGUAAAGGAAUUAUUGGGACCAAUCGACGACUCCCCGUUGCUUGAUUCGGUUCAGGCCAAUGACGUGAGGUGAAUAAAAAUAACCGGAAAAUUUACAGAAAUCAACCGUCGGAAAGUAAAUGUUUGUAAUCAAGUGAGGUGAACAAUUUUUCGAGCGCAUCCGUAUUAUGCGACAGGUUGUCGUUUAUUUUUGAAGACGUAAAAUUUUCACAGGAACACCAAAUUUAUUUUUGGUAAAAUGAUUGCUGCUUAUUGGAUUAUAACCACCUUCGUCGUGCUGGCGGCGUAUUGUGACUCGCACCAGCAGGAAAGGUUCGGCUUCUUACCGGAACCGGUGUGCGGCAACACAUCUUUUCUCGAUGCCUGUUUCCAAAACACAACGCAGAAAGUGACUUUGGAUUUACUACACACGGCGAAAGUUCCCGAAACGGUGGAUGAAAUUUCCAAGAGAUGCGAAGUUUUCAACCGGGGUAUGGCCUGCGUCCAGCGCUACGUGGAUUCCUGCCUCGACUCGGUGAAACGCAGAAUAAUCGAAAACGAAGUCUACGGUGCCAAGAAGCUGUACGCCUUUCUGUGCCAGGAUCGGUCCUUCCAGAGGGAGUUCCUGAAGCAUAAAACAUGUUUCUUCCAUGUGCAGAAUCACUGGAACACUUGCUCACGGGAUUUCGUGGCCAUCCUGCAGGAUGAGAUGGAACAACGAGUGUCUAAUGCCGACACUCGUUAUCUGAACUUUUGCUGUGCCCGAUAUGGAUACGAAAAUUGCGUCUACAACAGUGCCGCCUUAAUGUGCACACCGGAAUCGGCUCGGUUUCUGCGAAAGAUCGCCAUGCUGCUAUCAAGUGAUAAACAUUUCCAGAACUGUGAUAGAAUGGAAACCAUGUGCUCGUCGUCCUCCGGAUUUGCAAAAGAAAUUCGGCUUGCACUAAUUGUGCCGCUCCUGCUGUUGGCGCUUUUGUUGACAUCCGGUCCAAGAAUAAGCUGCAUAACUUUGGGGGCAUCGUCGUCAUUAAGAUUACACCGACGACAAGCAGAGAAGCUCGAGCUUUGUGGGGACCAGUCUGAUGUUUUCGUUCGAUAAGUAGAAUUGAUUCGGUAUCUUGUACCAACUAACGACAUUGGUGAUGAUGAGGAUGCAGUGAUGCGAGUGCGGAAGAUAGUGUUUCUUAGAACGUUUAUCUCCUGUAAAUGAUGAAUUUUCAUCUUGUGUUGAACAAAAUAAGAUAAAUAUUUAACAUAUUUACAUAUUAGGAAUUUUUCUCUAGUAUACGGUCAAUUUUCCAGAUUGAGUCAGUGUUUUUGUAAACAUGAACAUUGGAACAUGGUGAAACAUGGAGCAUUUAAAUGUCUCAAAUGACGAUGGAUAGCGAGUUUAUCGUGAUGGAAAUAUGUUUUUACAAUCAAGAGUUCAGUCACAUAAAUAUAAAUCAGAAUACUUUACCACAUAAACAACUCACCAUGUUCAUAGGUUUCGAAGAGUAAUGAUUAUUUUUUGAAAGUAAUUGAAUAACAUGGAAAAGUGCUUGAAAAAAUCAAUUUCGAUGUAGCAAAGUGAAAUAAAUGUAUUUUAUUAUAGAUCGUUACAAUACAAAUAAAUUUUUAUGG